AUGGAAAUAGUACGAAAGAUAGAAGAGAAAGGCUUCGAGAAGUCUUUAAGAGUAAAACAGGCUCUGGAGAGUGGGAAUUCUGAUGUAGUGAAGGUUUACGAUGGGGCGGUUCUCUUCAUCACUGGUGGUUCUGGUUUCGUUGGGAAGCAACUUGUGGAGAAGAUACUCAGAACAUGUAACGUCAAAAAGAUUUAUCUUUUGCUGCGACCGAAGAAGGGGAAUUCAGCUAUCCAGAGAUUAAAUCAAAUAUUGGAAGACCCGGUAUAUGAAAGUCUUCGUUCACAACAACCAGACUUCGCGUCAAAGCUGAUUCCAGUUGAGGGUAACGUAAUUGAUCUAAAUCUUGGAAUCGAUGAAGAGAGUAGACAGAAAAUUAUUGAAGAGGUAAACAUUAUUUUCCACGGAGCGGCAACAAUCAAUUUCGAAGAAACUAUCAAAGUAGCCACGCUCACAAACUUAAGGGGUACCAGGGAAAUAUUAAAUCUGGCGAAAAGCUGCAAACAACUCAAAUCUCUGGUUCACGUUUCUACCGCGUACGUCCAUGCCACCAAAUCAAGAAUUAAAACUGAGGUUAAGGAAGACUUCUAUAAGAGUCCGUUACCACCAGACGCUCUUAUAGAACUGGCUGAAUCACUUGAGAAUGAACAGCUACAAAAAAUUGUAGAACCAUUGAAGACAGACUGGCCUAAUAGUUACACAUUCACGAAAGCCGUAACUGAAGAGCUUGUGAAGCAGAAAGCUGCAGAUCUACCUAUCUGCAUAGUACGUCCAGCUAUAGUAAUAUCCGCUUACAACGAACCAAGGCCUGGUUGGGUUGACAUAAAGAACGCGUAUGGUCCCAGUGGCAUGCUCUUAGGCUUGUCAUUAGGCGUCAGUCACACGGUACAUGCUGAUACCAACAUAAUGUUUGACUUUGUGCCAGUCGAUAUUGUGAACAAUGCCUUAAUUGUUGCCGCUUGGAAAACACAUGAGAGAUACAUCGCAGGGGAGAGACAGCUAAAAAUAUAUGUUGUUACCGGAAGCCGAAAUCCUAUUUAUUACCGCGAUAUGAUCAAUGUCCUCAAAGACAAAGGUAGAUCAUUAGUAUCACCAAAGGCGAUAUGGCACUCCUUCUCUAUUAUAACCAAAUAUAAGCUGAUUUACAUCCUCCUUACCUGGCUAUUACAUUACAUACCUGGUUACCUGGUCGAUGGUUGCUGCAUGUUGAUAGGACAGAAACCGAGGUUCAUAAAAAUCUAUAAGAAAGUGUAUAGCGUGUCAUCUGUCUUCGUGUAUUUUACGAACAACGAUUGGAUAUUCCGUGAUGACAACGCUUUGGAGCUUUAUAACCAAAUGAAUUACACCGAUAAAGAAAUAUUCACGUGCGACAUGAAACAGAUCAACAUAGCAUCAAUGCUUUUGACAUGGUUCUAUGGCAUAAGCAAGCAUAAUGUUAGAAGUCCUUCUACGAAAAAUUUAGAAAACUUUUCUGAUCAUCCAUGGCCGAAAUGGAAUAUAAGUGAUCUUUAUUUGACUGAAAAAGGUGCGUUAUUGGAAGAAUAUAUGGGUGAAUAUAUUUAUAACUGGCUGGUUAUGGAGAAGCUUUUUGUGGAAGGUUGUCCCGAAGAAAAUUCUGUACUUAUUUAUGCAAACACUAAGCAGAGGUGUCGGUCAUCUGCGAAGGCUUUUGUUCGUGGAGCUUUUGACAAGUGCAAUAUAAGUGUUGUCAGUAUGAAUUCCGAUGAAGCGGAUCCGAUUUUCAAUCCUAUUAUUCGUAAUGAUUCUGAAACAGUCAAAGAACCUAUUUUGAAUGAAAUGGAAUAUAAAUUAAGAAAUCUGAAUCUUAGUGAGUCUUAUUUGGCUCUGGAAGGUAUAUUAGAUUUGGAAAAUUCUAUAAUGUGUCGAAACGAGAACCAGUGUCGCUUUUGUGACGAGGAUAAGAGAAUUUCUUAUAAUGUGGGAGAUAUACCACGUAUAAUUGAUGACUUCUCGUGGGCAUUCGUAAUAGUUGAUUCAUUUCUUAUGAGUUACUAUGAUGGGCUUGCAAUGGAAAAUGUAGCUUGGGGAAAGAUUAAAGAUUCUGAACAGUGGAAGACUUUGACACGUAUUACAAAUGAAAAUCUAAAUAUUUGUUUUAACAGUAAAUUACUGGGAAGACAAGUUGCGAAACCUCUUCUUGAAUAUAUAUUGUCCGUGGUAACUAGAGAUAUACCAAAAAAAUUCACUUUACUACAUGGCCAUGAUGCAAAUUUAUUAUCUGUUUUGGCAUCACUGGAUGUUAAGGAAUUUCUGUUGCCAGAUCAAUAUGAAAUCAUACCAAUAGGUGGGAAGUUAGUGUUCCAGAGAUGGUACGACGCUACACAGGAUAGAGAUUUGUUUAAAUUGGAUUAUGUAUAUUUAACUGCAGGCCAGAUAAGAGAGGGAUCAAAACUAUCAACUAAUAAUCCACCGCGACAGGUUCAGCUGUUUAUAAAGGAUUGUCCUGUAGAUUCAGACGGGUUCUGUUCUUGGGAAGACUUUGUUAAAGUAUUAAAUGAUGCAGCUAGUUUUUACUAG